AUGGCGACGACGUCCAAAAAGUACAAGGAACUGGUGCGCAGCAGAAACUACGUGGUGCAAUGCGUAGAGCGACUGGACCAAUACCUGCAAACUACGAAAGGAUUCGAUGAGCAAGCAGUCAGGGUUCGCAUGGAAAAAUUUGAGCAGAAAUAUACGGAAUUCGAGGAGAUUCAAAACGACAUCGAAGGCCUUGACGACAGUGAGGAGAACAUAGCAGACCACCAGCAACUUCGGGCCGAGUUCGAGGAAAAGUAUUACGAGGUAAGGGCAGGGUUGGCGCGAAAAUUACCACAAGAGCAUGCGACACCAAAUACUACUAUUACACAUCCAAAUCAAGCUCCACAUGUUCAAUCUUCCGUACGACUUCCUCAAAUAAAUCUGCCAGAGUUUGACGGCAAUUUUCAAAAUUGGUUACCUUUUCACGACACGUUUAAAGCCUUGAUUGAAUUAUCUGAGGAACUCAGCGACAUUCAAAAAUUCCACUAUUUGCGUGCUUCUCUGAAAGGCGAUGCUCUUAAGUUGAUAGAUUCUUAUGCGAUGAGUGAGGCUAAUUAUAGGGUUGCUUGGGAAAGUUUAGUCGACAGGUUUUCGAACAAAUAUCUCCUCAAAAAGCGACACUUGAAUGCCUUAUUCGGUUACACUCGGAUGAGGCGGGAAUCAGCGGCUGGUUUACACGAUCUUAUCGACUGUUUUGAACGUAACACGAAAAUUUUGGACCAAUUGGGAGAGAAAACGAUCGGUUGGGGAGCCAUGCUGGUCCAUUUGAUGGUGUCGAAACUGGACGACGUCAUGCAGAAACUAUGGGAGGAAAAUGUUACACCGGACAAAGAGCCAUCUUUUGCGUCGUUGGUCGAAUUUCUCAAAAAGCAAACUAGAGUUUUGGAUGCGGUUUCGGUCGAUCAACAUAUGUUUUCAACGGCAACAUCGUUCAGUGGUAGCAAAUUCCGUCCCACUAAAGUUUCGGUCAACUCGGCGACCGAAAAUACUGCCUCAAACUGUUUCGCUUGCAGUGAGAAACAUUGGAUUACCAAGUGUGAAACGUUCGCCAGCCUACCGGUGGACAAACGGCUGCAGCUCACAAAUUCUAAGCGUCUCUGCAGCAACUGUCUGGGGCGAAAUCACUUGGCGCGAGAUUGUCCUUCCAAAUUUCGAUGCAAAACGUGCUCGAAAAAGCAUCAUUCGUUGCUGCAUCCUGGUUUUCCCGGUUCUGGUUCUACUUCUAAUCCUAAUUCAACUUCAGUAGCGAGCAACGUGAAUUCUUCUGUUCCACCUACAACCGGUGGUGCUCUGAACUCUGGUGAAUCGGUUUCUAGUUCGGUGGCAUCAAUCUCUUCUAAUGUGGUGAUGGGGCAACCUAGGUCGCACACGUUUUUGCUAACGGUAUUGCUUAAGGUGAAGGACGUAUGGGGAAGGACCCACCAAGCAAGGGCUCUUCUGGAUUCUGGAUCACAGGUCAACUUGAUGUCUGAAAAUCUGUGUAAAUUACUUCAGUUAUCACGGCGGGACAAGAAGGUGGAAAUUACUGGAAUUGGACGAUCUCGGAGCUGUACAGCAUAUGAAGUUUCCACCACGGUUGAGUCUCGAGUGCAGAAUUUCUCAACGUCAAUGGAUUUCUUGGUUUUGGGGCAGGUCACCAGCGACCAGCCAUCUGUUUCGAUACCGCUAGCUCAUUUAAAACUUCCCCCUGACAUGGUCUUGGCCGAUCCCAGUUUCAAUGUUUCUGGACCGAUUGAUUUAAUCUUGGGUGCGCAGCAAUUUUACGAGUUUCAUGUACGCGAUGGUGGCCGGCUGCAAGUGCGAAAUUUCGACAAUACGCUACCAGUAUUCGUCAAUACGGUGUUCGGAUGGGUGGUGGCCGGCGAAGCUAAAUGCAUGAAGGAAUCAACACUGGUUAGCUGUCACAUCACGAAGCUAGACUCUCUUGAAAAGGCGAUCGAAAAGUUUUGGAUAGUCGAAGAACUACCGGUUAAAACCCCCCGCUCUCAGGAAGAAGAGGAUUGCGAAACACAUUUCGUGAACACGUUCACACGAGACGAAACUGGCAGAUAUAUUGUGCGCUACCCUAAGCAGAUGAAUUUUGCAAAAAUGAUCGGUGAAUCGAAACGAAUGGCUUUAAGACGGUUUUUACAAACUGAAACACGGCUGGCAAAGGAUUCAAAUCUACGCUCGCAGUACGGGGACUUUAUGAAGGAGUACAUCGAGUUAGGUCAUAUGAAAUGCAUCGGUGGCGUGGACGACCUUAGUCUCGACGAAGGUAAAACGGUCUGCUAUCUUCCACAUCACCCAGUUUUUAAAGAGUCGAGUACUACAACUAAAGUACGGGUGGUAUACAAUGGGUCUGCUAAAACUUCAACUAAUUUCUCUCUUAAUGACGCUCUACUAACUGGUCCCACGAUUCAAGACGACCUGCUCAGUUUGAUGCUCCGCUUCCGAAAACAUGCUAUAGUUUUGGUCGCUGAUGUUGCGAAAAUGUAUAGGCAGAUUCAGGUUCACUCAGACGACACUUCGCUUCAACGCAUUCUCUGGCGCUUCAAUCCUUCGGAUCCAAUUCAGGUGUACGAGCUGCAAACUGUCACCUACGGUUUGGCCCCAUCGUCGUUUCUCGCCACUCGUGUCUUGAAGCAAUUGGCUAUAGACGGCAGCCAAAAGUACAAACUUGGAGCAAAGGCCGUAGAUGAAGACUUCUAUAUGGACGAUUUUCUCUCGGGGGCGGACACGAUCAAAGAAGCGAUUCAGCUUCAAAAGGAAGUUCAAGCCCUAUUGGCGGAAGGAGGUCUCGAUCUACGGAAAUGGUGUUCGAACUGCCCACAAGUGCUAGAAAAUUUGCCCACUGAAGCACUGGGAGGAGAAACCACCCUGCACUUUGAUCCCGAACAGAAAAUUAAAACGCUUGGAGUAGGAUGGACAACAGAAUCUGAUCAGCUUUGCAUCGAAGUACAGCAAAUUACUAACGACGGUUGUUGGACGAAACGGAACAUAUUCUCGGCGAUUGCGAAACUAUACGACCCGCUUGGAUUGGUGUCUCCUGUCGUGGCAUGGGCGAAAAUCAAAAUGCAGCAUCUCUGGCUAUCCACUGUCGACUGGGACGAUCCCGUUCCGAUGGAUAUUGCGACCAAAUGGGAAGAAUUCUCAACGCAAAUGUCUUAUUUGGAAGGCUACAAGAUUCCUCGGUUCAUUUUUCUGGUCGGUGCAAUCUCUACACAGUUUCACGUUUUUGCGGAUGCGUCCGAAGUUGGGUAUGGUGCCUGCAUUUACGCUCGUUUGACUGGCAAGGAUGGGCAAAUAAAAAUUGAGCUCGUCGCGGCAAAAUCACGAGUUGCUCCACUCAAACGGCUUAGUCUGCCGCGGCUUGAGCUUUGUGCUGCACGUCUGGGGGCGAGACUCUACGCCAAGGUUUCAGCAGCGCUGCGGUUGGAGGGGAUUCCUUGCUGGUUCUGGUCGGACUCAACUGUCACUCUUCAUUGGAUUCAGGCACCACCUAACACUUGGCAAACGUUUAUCGGAAAUCGUACAGCUGAAAUUCAGCAACUUACCCACGGCUACAGCUGGAAUCACGUCAAAGGAACCGACAAUCCGGCAGACCAUAUUUCUAGAGGAAUGCUUCCUCAGCAAUUUGUCAUCAACAGCAUCUGGCGCUGUGGCCCACCCUGGCUUUCAAAAAGAGAAGAUUAA